GAGAAAGGGCCCGCUGGAUGUGAAUGUCUCCUUCCUGCCCUCCUGGUUGGACUUGGUUUGGAGGUCGCUGUUUCAUCUUUAACAGCAGCAAGGAGAUCUGGCCUGAUGCUGAGGAAACUGUGUGGAUGUGGAGUGAUGGUUCCCAGUUUGACUUCAUUAACUGGGCCAGUGGACAACCUGACAAUGCUGGAGGAAUAGAGGAUUAUAUGGAGAUAAACUAUGGAGGAGAUUAUGUCAAUGAUGCAGGGUGCAACUCUGACAACUCUUUUGUUUGUGUCAGAGAUCCAUAACUGCUCCUUUGUGUCCUGACACAUCUAAAAUGAUGAUGUCACAUCCUCACUGUUGAUGUCAUUUCCAGCGGGAUGUCAAGUCUCGAUGACAUCACUGCUGGAAGACAUACUGAAUA